AUGGGAUGGCAUGUCGUUCGCAGUGCGCUCACUCUCUGCACCGACGGCGGCAUCACCAUCAACAUGACCGAGACGUGUCCCAAUGCGGUCGCUGUCCUGGCGCGGCGCUCGCUCGAGAGGCGGUUGCUGUGCGGCGACAUGGACCGCCACCACUAUCUCCGCGACCUGCCGAACGAGCCGUGCCUGGAGCCGUUACGCGCUCUGGCCACGCGCUCCCCGAGUGCCGACUGGAGUAGGCGACAUUGUGGUCUCGUGCGGGCGAUCGUCGGGAACGGCAUCGUGGGCGUUGCUCGUCGGCACGCUGCAGGGUUGCAGGCCUCCGCGUGCUACCCGUGCUGCGGCGGACCAGACGGCACUCUGCAGCGUGCGUCCUGGGGUGACUGCCGCGUCACCCGGCUGUGGCGACGCGAUUACGACACGGCUGACAGGAUGAAGGUCUUGAAUUUCCAGUGCGCUGGCACGUUCGGCCGCGCGGAGGGCUCCUGGACAGAGACCACUCACUCGGGCUGCGUGGCGGCCGAAUUUGCGGACGAUGAUUUGGACACCCUUGACGACUCCCAGGUUGAGUUUCAGGUGGUUGGCCCGUACGUCGACAUCAACGGCAGCGAGCUCACGGCAGUGAUCAUGGCCCUGAGGGUGGUCCCAGUCGCCAUCGCGCGCCUCGACGACCUCUGCGGGGAGCUGCUGGACGAGGAUGUGGCUGGAGGGCGCGCUGAUCAGGCAGCGGUGGCCAGCGCCGCGGCGGCAGGUGCGGGCGCGGGUGUGCAGGUGGCUACGGCUGCAGACCUGCCUGCACAUGAUGAAGGAGGCAGCUCGCAGGAGAUGGCCGAAGCAGGUGAUCCAGGAGGAGUGAGCAAGGUGCUGACCAGCGGCACGGAGGACGUCGACGUGAACGUGCUGCUGGAGACCACGAGGGGGGAUCCGCCUGAGGGCGGCAAGGAGAGGUCCCGGCACGAGGUGGCCUCCGCCGCCCGCCGGGACGCGGAGGCCGAGCGCCUGCAGCUGGAGCGCGCCAUGCGCGCAUCGCAGCGGGAGAGCCGCGUCGCGGCCACGGAGACGAAGCGCCUGGGCGUCGAGCUGGAGCAGGCCCGGAAGUGGUCCGACGGCCUGGCGGAGGAGCGCGACGCCCUGCGGCUGGAGAACGAGAGGCUGCGGCGGGAGCAGCAGAGGCUCGCGGCGGAGUGCGACCAGCAGCUCAAGGACGCCAAGAGCAAGCACAGCGACGAGCUCAAUCGCCAGCGGAGCCGCAUGCUCGAGAGCGAGAAGGGGGCCGGCGAGGCUGAGGGCAGACUUCAGGCGCUCGCCCACGAGAACCAGCUCCUGCGCGCCGCUCUGCAGGAGGCGCAGGCCCACCAGGCGAGGGCCGGGUCCUCGUGCACCUCGGGCAUCCAGGACGCGAUGAGGCGCCGGCUCGAGAAG